CCGGCCUCGACUUGCGAACUUCUUGACCCAACCCAUCAACCGCCUACCCAUCCUCCACGACAACCUCGCGACAAAGAGCUCAAGUCAGCCAACAUGUCGCACCGUAAGUUCGAGGCUCCUCGUCAUGGCUCUCUGGCCUACCUGCCCCGCAAGAGGGCCGCCAGGCACCGAGGAAAGGUCAAGUCCUUCCCCAAGGACGACCCCAAGAAGCCCGUCCACCUGACCGCCACCAUGGGCUACAAGGCUGGUAUGACCACCAUUGUCCGCGACCUCGACCGACCUGGCGCGAAGUCCCACAAGAAGGAAGUUGUUGAGGCCGUCACCAUUGUUGACACGCCACCUAUGAUCGUUGUUGGUCUGGUUGGCUACAUCGAAACCCCCCGUGGCCUGCGUUCGCUCACUACCGUCUGGGCUGAGCACUUGAGCGACGAGAUCAAGCGCCGAUUCUACAAGAACUGGUACAAGAGCAAGAAGAAGGCCUUCACCAAGUACGCCAAGAAGCACUCCGACAACGCCUCCUCCUUCACCCGCGAGCUCGAGCGCAUCAAGAAGUACUGCACCGUCGUCCGUGUCCUGGCCCACACCCAGAUCCGCAAGACUCCCCUCAAGCAGAAGAAGGCCCACCUCAUGGAGAUCCAGAUCAACGGUGGCUCCGUCGCCGACAAGGUCGAGUUCGGCCACGGUCUGUUCGAGAAGCCCGUCUCUGUCGACUCCAUCUUCGAGCAGGACGAGAUGAUCGACGUGAUCGCUGUCACCAAGGGUCACGGCUUCAACGGUGUCACUUCCCGUUGGGGCACCAAGAAGCUGCCGCGUAAGACACACAAGGGUCUCCGCAAGGUCGCUUGUAUCGGUGCCUGGCACCCGUCCCACGUCCAGUGGACUGUUGCCCGUGCUGGUCAGAAGGGUUACCACCACCGUACCUCGGUCAACCACAAGGUCUACCGUAUUGGCAAGGGCGAUGCCGAUAACAACGCCUCUACUGACAUCGAUGUCACCAAGAAGACCAUCACUCCUCUGGGUGGCUUCGUCCGCUACGGUGAGGUCAAGAACGACUUUGUCAUGGUCAAGGGCUCCAUCCCUGGUGUGAAGAAGCGUGUCAUGACUCUCCGCAAGUCCAUGUUCACCCACACCUCAAGGAAGGCUCUGGAGAAGGUCGAGCUCAAGUGGAUCGACACCUCGUCCGAGUUCGGACACGGUGCUUUCCAGACCCCCGCCGAGAAGAAGCAGUACCAGGGUCUCCUCAAGAAGGAUGUCGCCUCCGCUUAAGAUUCUGCUACUUCUCUCUCACGGCGUGGUGUCACGGCUUUCUCUUUGCUGCAUGAUGGAUGGGUUGGUUAAUGGGUACCGGGGCUCAGUCAGAGCCCGUUAGGGGCCAAAGUCCCAGAAGGUUCACGAUGAGCCCUCACUGGCGUCAGUGGAAAAUAAAAUCGUGACGAAAUUUACUCCUGACAUGAAUGAUACCACCUCUUUGACAA